UAUUCUCAAUUUAAUUUCCCUCUCUACUCUUUUCUUCUCCUUUCCUCUCUUCCACACCAAACCUUCCAAAAUCUCAACAACUUGAUCACCCCACCCCACCUGAUGGAUGAUACUUUUCCUGUUGAAUUCUGGCAUAACGAUCACUUUUGGCUCGACGCUCCCAUUUCCGUUCCCGUCUCUGCCCCUACUUCUCCUCCUCCUGCGAAACAGAUAAGUGCUUUCCUACCAUAUGAUCUCUCUCCACCACCUACCGGAUUAUUGGGACAAGACAAUAAUAUUGCCACAACUACUGCUGCCACCGUCAUCGCCUCCGCCUCCGCCUCCGCCUCCACAAGCUAUGAUUCUAGAAAUGUGAACAAGAGGAUGAUUGAGUACUGGAGGAAGCAUUGGCAUGAGAAGAAAGAAUUACCUGUUUCCGCAGGGGAUUUAGAGAGAGAGAAAUGUCAUCGACACAUGUUGAAUGAGAGAAUGAGGAGGGAGAAACAGAAACAAUGUUAUUUGGCACUCCACUCUAUGCUCCCCAGAAAUACUAAGAACGAUAAGAAUUCGAUCGUUCAAAGCGCGGCGAGAACAAUACAAGAGAUGAAAGGCUUAGAGAAGACAUUGAAGAGGAGAAACUCAGAGUUGGAAAUGGAAAUAGCAAUAGCAAUGAAGAAAAAAGAAAAGAAAGAAGGAAUAAUAAAUGUAGCAUUGGCCAAUACUUCUUGUGGGAUAAACUCAAUGUUAACUGUUCUCAAUGUGCUGAAAACUGUUGGAGUAAAUUCCAAUGCCAUUCAUGCCACUUUCUUCAACUCUCAAUUCUCAGCGCAAUUAGCCAUUGAUACCCAUAUGAGAGUUGCCGAAGUAGAAAGAGCAUUACAGCUGACGCUAAACGAAGCAGAGAGGAAAUUUCAAAGGCAACACAGCGAAGGAUCCAAAGAAAUUAAAGAAAGUUAUUUUUAACUUUAAAAUAAUAAUAACGGGGCCCAGAGGUGGGUCCAGAAAUUUGAAAUCUAUAUAGCCACGUGGGCACGUGGGAAAUUAGGUUUUAUUUUAUUAUUUUUAUUUUCUUUUGCUAUUAGUGUUGUUUGUGUAUUUGACUUCUACUUCUAAUCAUGUGGAAUUAAGAAUGGUGUCUUAUAAAAAAUUAAUAUAUGUGGUUUUAAUUUGAAUA